AUGGCUCCGACCAUUGUCUUUGAGAACGAUGCUCCGGUGCUUUUGACCGGCAGUCCCGGCGGCGCGGCGAUCAUCCACUAUACCGCGCUUUCGCUGGUCUCCAUGCUCGAUUGGGGCAUGGAUCCACAAGAGGCCAUCGACCUGCCGCAUGUGACCAAUUUCAAUGGCGGCACCAAUAUCGAAGAGGGUGAAGGCUCUGCCGAAUUAGCCGCCGGGCUCGAAGCGCUCGGCCACGAAGUCAACGUCACGAACCUCAACUCCGGCCUGCACGUCAUAAGGCUGACCGACGAGGGCCUGAUCGGCGCGGCUGACAAGCGCCGCGAAGAUCGCGCACAGCGCUUCGGCCUGGGCGUUGUAAACCACGGCGGCGGCGCAUCUGAGCCCGGUAACGAACUCCUCAUCGUCGAGCGCAUAGCCGCGCGCGCGGAUGGCGGCGAUGUCGGAGCGGAGCGCGCCCGCUUUGGUUAUCGACUUUUCCGUCACCUUGCGCAGCCCGUGCCGGGCAAUUGCCGCAUCGAUAUCGGCGUCGGGAUAGCUGGCAAGGAUCGCCUUGCCCAUGCCCGAGUUGGCCACCGGGGCCCUGCCCCCGACUCGGGUAAUCGCGCGCAUGAUUUCACGGCUUUCAACCUGGGUCAGCACCACGACCUCCCCAUCAUCGACGAUGCCGAGAUUAACCGUUUCACGCGUCUGGUCGCGCAGACGGCGCAGCAGCGGCAGAGCGGGCGGUGGACUGUGGAAACCGAAAGGAUGGCCAUGGCGCGAUCGAUCGACUGCACGAUGCCCGAGCGGGGCGGCGGGCUGGUCACCAUUUCAUUCAUGGGCUCAUCCUCUGCUGCAAUUUUUUACCAUAUUCGCAUCCGUAAUGCCUGGUGCCCCGACAAUAGGCGUAUUUUGCCCGCCAACCAUUCACAAGCGGCGAUACCCCCCAUGCCCAAUCGGUCACUCGGCGAACUGCUCGAAAGCCAGCAGAACAGCUUCAAUGCCGUGCGCUUGUUCGCCGCCGCCGCCGUGUUCAUCUCGCACAGCUUUUUGCUGCUGCCGUUCGGCGAGCAUCUCGAACCGUUCGAUGGCGCGACCUACAAUCUGGGCCAGAUCGCCGUGAACGUGUUCUUCUGCCUGUCGGGGCUGAUGUUGUCGCGGUCCUACGCGCUCAAUCGCGAUCCGGUGCGCUUUGCAUGGGCGCGGGCCAUACGCAUCUUUCCGGGUCUAAUCGUUGCGGCCAUGGUGACUGCGUGGGUCAUUGGACCGCUCAACACCACGCUGCCGCUCGGCGAUUAUUUUGCGGCGCCCGAAACGCUCGCGUAUCCCUUCUCCGUACCGCUGCUGUUCAACACAGCGGCGCUUCCCGGCGUCUUUGCCUUCGGUGUGGAGCCGUUCAACAUCAACACGCCGCUCUGGACCGUCAAAUACGAAUUGCUCGCCUAUAUCGGAUUUACCGGUUUUGCCGCCACGGGGCUAUGGCCCCGCCGACAUUGGGCCGUCAUCGUCACCGGCACACUGGGUAUGGUCCUGACGAUCACUACAUUUACCCAGGCGCUCGAGGGCAAUCCGGUGGGCAGCCUGUUGCGCUUCGGCUUCUGCUUUGCGCUGGGCCAUCUGGCUUUUGUCAACCGCUACGCCAUCCGUCUCGAUCUGCGCGGCGCGCUGGCCGGACUUGCGUUGGCCCUGCCGCUGCUCUUUACCCCGCUGGGCGCACUGGCCUCCGUCGUCUCGGUCGGUUAUCUGGCACUUUGCCUGGGCGGCAUUUCUUUUGGCGCCCUGACACGCUGGUCGGUCAGGACAGACAUUUCAUACGGCAUCUAUCUCUAUGCCUGGCCCAUCCAGCAGAUGCUGAUCGGGCGCUUUGCCCAUGACGCGUUCGACGCCAUGGCGCUGGCCCUGGUGGCCGCGGCGAUCACCAUCGCCAUGGGCUUGCUGUCAUGGACGCUGAUCGA